AUGAGAGAAAUAGCCUAUUGCCUCGCCUUACCACCGCAAUUAUCUAGAUUGCAUGAUGUGUUUCAUGUCUCUAUGCUUUGCAAGUAUGAGCUGGAUCCUGCCCAUGUCUUGGAUUGGACAAAUUUAGAGGUGGAUGAGAAUGCUUCCUAUGAAGAAAGACCAAUGAAAAUCCUGGACACCCUAGAACAAGUUUUUAGAGGCAAAGUUAUUCCCCUAGUCAAAGUGUUUUGGCACUACCACGGGGUGGAGGAUGCUACUUGGGAACGAGAAAUGAAAGUUCGUGAGAAAUACUCAAAUUUAUUCAAUGAUAUCUUUGAUUACUUUUUGAUUUGUGAAGUUGGGAUGAAAGAGAUUAUUGUUACUGUGGUGAAGGAUUAUGAAAAUGGUGUUGAGAUAUGA